AAACAUGACACAGACAUGAGAACGGAUCAAUCGCCAGCGGAUUUCCGUAACUCACCGGAGACUGCCGCAACUACCGCUGCCAUAGAGGUCAAAAUGGUGGUGUACAAACAAGACUUGCCACCAGGCGGUGGUUUUGACCCUAUAGAAUGGGCCAAACGAACCCCCAGAAAACGAAUGGGAGGUUUCACCCAAUUUUUCGCCUUUGUUGGCUUCACUACUGCUGCAUGGGUAGCAUUUGCCAGAAACAAAGCAAAGAGAGAUCGUGAAGCGUUGGAACUGAGAGAUGCUCGCAUUGCCAUUGAGCCCUUUAUCCUUGCAGAGAGAGAUCGUGCUUUCCUGAAGCAUAUAAGGAAGAACAGAGAUGAGGAGAACGAGCUGAUGAAGGACGUGAAGGGCUGGGAGACGGGCACCCUGUGGGGAGAGCCUGUGUACCACAACGUCCGCGACCGCUUCAAGAGAGCUUCACUGGAGGAAAUCAUCACUCACAUGAGCCCGAAAGACCAGGACGACUUCUUGUGGGACAAGAUGAAACGAUGAGCUUACAGUCUUAGUUCUUUAGGUGUGUUUUUAAUGAAGUGUGUUUCGUAGUCAGUGCAUUUGUGGAUCCCAUUUCAUGGACUUCAAACAUAUUUUUCGACAGACAGAUAUUGAGGCUCAGUUUUUCUGGUAUAGAUCUAUGAUGUUGGAAUACCCUCUGAGAAACUGUUGUUUAAAAAGAUUUAAAAGAAACACUCUUGCCAUCACAUGAAGUAUAAAGUGUAGUUAUCCCAAAAUUUCCUAAAACUUCCAUAGACUCAUAAAAAUCUAGAUUCUAUGUUUGUCUCUUGCAAACGGUAUUUGAAAUGUUGCUUUGUCCUGGACAUAACAAAUAUUGUCAGUUGUCCUGCUUUGAGUUUUGAGUAAAAUUGAAUGAAUGAGGAGACUGUUGUUACAUAGUAUACAUGUAAUUUUGCUUCGUGUUUGAUAAUUUUCAAUUGUAACAAAUGGUUCACAUCUUUCGUUAGAAUUGGGAAUUAAAUAUUUUGUAUUUAACACAGUU